GCAAUUUCCGUGAAAUCAACAACAACAAACACGACAUUUUUUUCAGUCAGAGAAAAUCACGGAUAGAGAAUUUCCUGGCAGCUUGAGGUGGAAAAUGCGUAGUCGCACCGAACUGGUGACCACCACAUUUGAUUUGGACUCCGACGAGGAGGAUUACAGCCCCGACGACGACGACUCCGAGGAGGACUGGCGUCCGAACAAAAAGCCCCAGCAGAAGCAGCCACGUCCCACUGGCACCAAUAGCACCGUCAGCGGCGACGCUGGCGGAAGCGGACGCAAGCGCAAAGGAGCCGCCCCAAUGACUGCAGCCAAAAACAAGAAACGCACUAUUCCGACAAAGGUAAGCGACGAGGACUUCGAGUCCGACGACGAUGAUGACGAUGAGCUGGAAACGGAGCCAAGCGACGAUGAUUUCGAUAACCCUUCCACGUCGAAGAGAUCGCACAGUUUACCGCCCAAAAAGCAGUUUGUCCAGCUCGCCGAACUGGAUCUGCUGCUGAAGAAGCGGGAUAUAUUGGACAAGAAUUGGCUGCACAACAGUCGCCUUUGUAUCUGGCGCAAGGAUGAGCAAACGAAUCUCUUGCAGAAAUAUCUGCGUGUGAAAACGUCACAGGAUGCGGACAGGCCACAUGAACAGCAGUUGAUCUUCACAUCCACCUCAGUGUAUUCGAGUUGGGAUGAGGAGCACAUUAGCGAUUUCAUUGAUGUCAAGGUGAAGUGCUUGGAUCGAAACAAUAGACGCAUCCAAUUAGAUGAUAUUGGGGCUAUCAAAAAACAAUCAAUAGAGCUGCAAGCGGCUAAUCGAAGCUCAGAGAUAAACGACGAGAAUGAUAAUAACGACGAAACAGCGGAUCAGGAGCCGGCAGCUUGUGCGGAGGAAAAUAAGGAUGUUGAGGAGCCAAUUACUACAUAAAUUGCGACACUAUAAAUCACUAAUUGGAUGCAAAUGUGAAAACUAA